GACAUCUUAUAAACUUGGCAUUCGUAAUUGGCGAAGGUAUAUAAAACACAAAAGCUGGAGUUGGACGAGGAGCCGUAGGAGGAUGGUGAAUGAUGGCGCACGGUAGUGGUGUUGUGUGCACACUCACUAGUCUCAGAGCCCCACCCCCGUUCACCAGAGGCCUUUUCCCUACAAACCUCGUUGCUCUGACUCCUGCAAACAAAGACACGACGACACAAGGGGUUAAACAAUCCGCGUUAGAGGUAGUUUACAAGAACGAUGACUCUACUGUCUGGAUCUUCAUUACUGCUUCUUUAAUUAAGAGCUCGCUCGAGAAGUCCAUAGGCAAGUUCAGCAGUCCAGCACGCAUCUGGUUAGCUGCUUGGAGCUUUAAUCUAUGGCGUAUGGUUCAGUCUUUAUAUACACACGCUUGCGGCGCCCAGGUAUACACGGUGGAAUAAAGUGGUGCUCUGUUACUAUCGUGCAGGUUCACUUAUGCCGCAUGUACUUGAAAGGAAGUUGUACAUUCGGUGAUGGAAGUACGGAUCGACUGAGACCAUGAGAGGGUCUUGGCGGCUCAAGGCAGCCGGCAGCAAAUAUGCUGCGGGAAAGAUCAUGAAUAAUCCACUCGACUCGGAGCACUCUUCUUCAUCACAGACUUGUCUCCCUCCUGGCCUUACCCACUCCAAGUUGCCUCCCUCCUCACUCCUCACU